GUACAGAGCUGCCAUGUGGACGAACUACGCAAGCGGUCUUCGACGGUCUGGCCAGCACGAAGCAGAACGUAUAACCACAGUGGUAAAAUGAGGCAUCGCGCUGCCGCUCUCGUAAGUUCGGCACUCAGCUAUUCCACAGCGUCUUCUCAUAUUUCACACCGUCUGCAAUUGUAGCCCUCCUCAGCCGUCGCUAUGUCUUCAGAAACACUUGAGAUCAGCGGGAAGCAGAUCUCCUUGCCUACCGGCCUCUUCAUAGGUGGUGAGUUCCGCAAAGCACAAGCUGGCAAGACUUUCCCGGUAGAGAACCCAGCCACAGGCAAGGAGAUCAUCCAAGUCCAAGAAGGCCUUCCGGAAGAUGUUGACGAGGCCGUCCGAGUCGCUCGCAAGCUCUUCAGCUCGAAAGAGUUCCAAGAAUACGGUGCUACCAACCGGGCGAAAUGCCUUCACAAACUUGCGGAUCUGAUGGAGGAACACUUUGACGAGCUUGUCGCCAUUGAAAUGAUCGAUACCGGCAAGACCCAGCUUCAAGCCAGCACACUUGACGUGCCAGCCAGCAUCGGCACACUGAGGUAUUACGCUGGCUGGGCGGAUAAGAUCCUAGGUCAGAGCUCCUUCGAUAUCCCCAAGGUCUUCGGCUACACGAAGCGAGAGCCCGUCGGCGUCUGCGGCCAGAUUAUCCCGUGGAACUUCCCCCUACUCAUGUUCACCUGGAAGAUCGCUCCUGCAUUCGCAACCGGCAAUACCGUUGUCAUCAAGUCCGCCGAGACCACGCCGCUUAACGCACUUAAGAUGUGCGAGCUCAUCCAAAAGGCCGGUUUCCCCAAGGGCUCCAUCAACCUCGUUAGCGGUUACGGCAAGACAGCCGGCGCAGCGAUCGCGCAACACAUGGACAUUGACAAAGUCGCCUUCACUGGGUCGACGGCAACCGGCCGUGCCAUCCUCCGCGCAGCCGCAAACUCCAAUCUUAAGAAAGUCACGCUUGAGCUCGGCGGCAAGAGCCCCAAUAUAGUCUUCCCGGACGCAGAUAUCGAACAAGCUGUUGACUGGUCUGUCUGGGGCAUACACAUGAACUUCGGCCAAACCUGCCAUGCCGGUACCCGUAUUUACGUGCACGAGGAUGUAUACGACAAGUUUUUGGACGCUUACACGGCCAAGAUGAAGGCCAUCACCGUAGGUGACAACUUUGGCAAGGAGACUGAUCAAGGGCCACAAAAUAGCAAAGUGCAGUAUGAAAGGAUCAUGGGCUAUAUUGAGAAGGGUAAGGAGGAGGGCGCCAAGUUGCACCUGGGCGGCAACAAGGUGGAGACGCAGGGUGGUGGGUACUUCAUCGAGCCAACCAUCUUCACGGACGUGAAACCGCACAUGAAGAUCAUGCGCGAAGAGAUAUUCGGUCCCGUCGUCGCUGUGGCUAAGUUCACAUCUGAGGAAGAAGUGCUUGAGCUCGCCAAUGAUACCAGUUAUGGUCUCGCAGCCGGCAUCUUCACCAAAGACUACGAGCGAGCCGUUCGCGUGACCAGCGCUCUGAAAGCCGGCACCACAUGGGUCAAUCUAUUCAACUUUGUACAUUGGUCUCUACCAUUUGGAGGUUACAAAGAGUCUGGGAUCGGACGAGAGUGUGGUGAUGCCGCGCUGGAGAACUACACAGAGGUGAAGACUGUGUAUUGGAAUAUGGGCAUGGUAGGUUUACAAGCCUUGGCCGCCUUCGUACGCCGCGAGAACGUGCUAAUGUGUAGUACAGAGCGCGCCGCCGACUGGCCCGAAGCAAGCAGGAGCUGUAUAGCGCUCGAAUCUGGUAGGUCGAGCGCAGUCAGUCACGUACGGAUUGAUCGGCUAUUUGCGGGUGCUUGCGCUUCAGACAUUCAUCAGCUGCUAAGCUUCAUAACGUUUGUUACUUGCGUGCCGUGAGUAUGUUAGUAGCGACGGUCCCGAUCUCGGUCUCCCAAGAAGUACAUCUUGUAGUCGAAGCAUGUUCCACUUGGCUUGUACCUGCUUCGGCCGCACUGGAAGCUUCGAGAUGGAGGCGAGAUUACCUGGCGGGUGACUGGUGUCCGGGUCAGCUAUGUUCGACAUGGCAGAAAAGGCAGCGUAAAACAUACAUA